AUGAAGCCAGCAGAGAUCAGAUUCUCUCUACAGAGACCUCUACAGCACAGAGAUCCAGACAUGGCACCUACAAUCACUGCAGCAAUGACCGAUUCUCAGGAGCAUCUGACUCUGACCCACAAGCUCAGAAAGCCUCUUGUGGAGAAGUUACGCAGAGAGCGAAUCAACAGCAGCAUUGAGCAGCUCAAGUCUGUCCUGGGACCAGAGUUCCUCAAACAGCAGCCAGACGCCAAGCUGGAGAAAGCAGACAUCCUGGAGAUGACAGUGUGUGUCUUGAGACGACUGCAGCAGCAGCAUCAACAGCAAAGAAGACUGCUGAAGCACUUCAACAAGCUGCAGUCUUCCUCUGAUAACAACCUGAGAGAGGCUGACUUCUCUCUUCUGAUCUCCACAGUCCAGACCAGCAUCACCAAAGAGAAGAGUCCAGUCAACAGCGCCCUCUGGAGGCCGUGGUAGACACCUACAGACUGGAGUUACUACCAGACUAACUGAGAUGACCACAUUGGUCAAAGAUUACUGGAAAUGAAUUCUUAUGAAUUCUGACAUUUGAUGAACUUGUUCUUCUGUUUUUACAGAAGGUUGUAUUUUGUGUGUUUUCUUUGUUCAAGAUGACAUUUCCUGAGGAAAUGACAGCAACAACUUCUUUCAAGUUCAGAAAGAGAACAUCUUGUCAUGCAUGUUGCAUGAACCAAAUCUGAUUGCAUCAGCAAUUAUUAUUAUAUCUCACUGUACUUCAUGUAUUGGUAGUAUAUAAUGCUAUGGUAACAUUUGUUAUCUUCUGAUUAUUACUGAUCAUAGUGAUCAACAAUUUAAAUGUCCUCUUUAUGAACAUAUUGUCAUAAUGGACUUUAAUCUCUCUGAUUAAUCAAAACUGAUCUGUUGAUAGAUCCAAAUGUUUCUCCUUUUUUCUAAAAGUUUUGCUUAAUGUCACAAUUCUCCUGUGAUACUUUUAUGUCUCACUGCACAUCAUGUGUUGGUACAAUAUAGUGCAUGGAGAUAUUUAUUACCUUUUGAUAGGUAUUGAUGAUUUUGAAUUGAUCUAAAUCUUACCUGUUCUUUUUAUGGACAUUUUGUCAUAAUGGACUUUCUCUCAUUUUAUGUGAUUAUUGAAAAAUGAUCUGUUUUAGGAUCAAUAUGUUUAUCCUUUUACUGUAAAGGUUUCUUUAAUGUCAUAUUGUCACAGUUUUCUAGUGACAAUGUGACAUUUUAGAAUCAACUGAAUUCAGUGGUUAUUAAGAACAAUGUGACCUGUUGUAAGGUCAGUUUUUACUAUUGUUUCGUUUGUUCACAAAGUCCAAAUGUUUAAAUCCAUUUGGAAAAAUAGUUUUAAAAUACAGUGAGUACUGUGUCCUCAAAUAUUGUAAACUGUUUGUCUUUUGUAAAGACAGUUGUUCCUUUACUCUCUCUGAGUACAGUGUAUCUUGUAGAAAUCUACAAGUUGUUGUUGUGAUGUAUCAUCACCUCUAGUUGGAGCUUUCAUACUUUAUGUGGCUCAUUGUGCCUUGUUGAAUAAACAAACACUGCCAGCUGAAAA